AUGAAGAUGACCGUAUCUGUGGCCACUGUGCUGUUCCUGAUGACUGUUUCUGUGUCUGUAAGGAAGAGCAGUGGUCAGACUCUGCCCCUGGACAUGGCCAACAACUCUGUGGAUGACUCCUUUGAGGGCUGUAAGGCUGACAUGUAUAAGUUAGUGGAAUCAAAGUACACUGAACAGGAAAAAAAUCAUACUCCUGGUUUCUCGGCUGCCUGGCAAAAUGCACUUAGUAACUGCAACAAAGAUGGACUCAACAUAAACCAGUCUGCCGCCAUAUACAUGUAUACACAAGACCGUUUAUAUAAUUCAGAUUGCUCGCAUGUGGUGUUCAACAAAGCUUGCCGUGAAGAAAAAGCAGCGUACAAGUCAGGUGACUUUAAGUUUUACACGUUGUAUUUCUUUCUGACUGAAGCCGUUCAGCAACUCAAAAAACAACUAAGUCAAAGGUUUUGGUGUGCAACCUCAUAUCGCAGAACCAGACUCACAAUUAACAACGUGGCUGUCAAUCAAAAAAUUCGAUUUGGUUCUUUCACUUCCAGCUCUUUGACAAACAAGUUGAUAAAUUUUGGUGAAGAGUCCUGUUUCAAAAUUAAGACUUGUUACGGAGCUAAACUGAAAAAAUACUCAGCUGUGCCACAUGAACAAGAGGUGCUAAUUCCUCCAUACGAGGUCUUUCGCAUCACAGCCAUUAAAAAAAGAGAUCAGAAGAAUAAACUGUGGUGUAAGGUGGUUUAUGAACUCAAAAGUGCUGGUAAGAGAAGUGAUCUUAAAUGCCAGCACCUGCUAAAGAGUCUGGAGAGAGAAAUUCAAAAUAGCCUCCCUCCAAAAAGAAAUACAAAUCCCAGGCCAUUUAAAACUUGUUUUUGGCCUUUUGUUUUGGUUCUUUGGGUUUAA